AUGUACGGUGUUAUCGCGGAGGUGUGCACGAAGCAGUCAUGUCCUACGAUGUCCGGAGGAUCUAAAUAUGAAUAUUUGUGGCAAGAUGGUGCUGAAUACAAGAAGCCAACGAGGGUUGCAGCUCCAGAUUAUAUGAUGUUGCUCAUGGAUUGGAUUGAAGUGAGGAUCAACGAUGAGAACAUUUUUCCAACUUCUACAAAUGUUCCUUUCCCCAAAGAUUUUCGACAAAUAUGCAAGAAGAUACUUACACGUCUGUUUCGGGUAUUCGUGCACGUCUACAUUCACCAUUUCGACCGCUUGGUUGAUAUAGGCGCGGUAUGUUUUGUUCCGUAAGA